AUAGACAAAUUAUGAUAUGGCAAAAGUCAGAGUCAGAACUUCGCUAGCCUGCAAGGAGAGAACUAGAAGAGUAAGAAAGUACUAUCAACUAAGGCAGUACCAAUGCGUUGGCUAGUUUGCAGUACACUUGUUUUUCUGGCAUUAUUUGGAUGCCAUGUGAUGGGAAAAAGAACUCGGCGAACUGCUGACAGGCCCUAUCAAUCACUGUUAUUUGUGGAUAACGGACAACGUUGGGGCACAUGGGGUCUUAAAGAAAUGUGUCCACUGGGUUACUAUGCUGCAGGCUUUAGUCUUAAGGUUGCAGGUUACUGGGAAUCUCUUCUAAUUGGUGAUAACACUGCACUAAAUGGAAUUCGUCUUCAUUGCGUUAACUCACUUAAAGGAUCAGGGCCAUACUCUGACUAUGCCACAGUACAAUCAGACACUGGAAGCUGGGGUAAAUGGACAAAUAUUCAGUGGUGUAAAUCUGGGAUGUUAAAAAGUUUUCAGCUACGUGUGGAACCUUACCAAGGAACCGCGUGGGACGAUACAGCAGCAAAUAAUAUCAAGUUUAAAUGCAGUGGAAAUGAUGAAGAAAUUAUAGGUGCAGGGAUGUCUUGGGGUGACUGGGGCUCGUGGAGUGAUUCCUGUAGUGGAACAGGCAUCUGUGGAAUCCAGACAAUCGUAGAGGAACCAAAAGGCGUGGGAGACGACACAGCGCUGAAUGAUGUGCGAUUCUACUGCUGCGAAUAAUGUGCAAAGUAAUUUGUGUGUGUAUUCCAAAUGAUUUUCUCUCAGUUGGUAUUUUGAUGAUGGUAAUAGAGAGCACUGUCAAUCGCAUUGGUCCAAAAUCUCUCAAAGAUGUUUAACUGGGUUGAGAUCUGGUGACUGCAAAGGCAGUUUUUUUCAAAUUUGUCACUCAUCUGUAUAUUCAGAUACUGCAGAUGCUACAAAGAAUUCUGUUCAUCAGUUUCUUUGGAUAUUUGUCCACCAUUUCCUCCAAACCAAUGUGUGAUGAGACGAAAACUAAAAAAUAAACUCAUAAAAAGUGGGUCCAAUGUC